AUGAGUAAACCUACUCUCUCGCAGACAGGCGGCUCACUGCUCAUCGCAUGGCAACUCAAAGACAAGAAUGUGCUCAUAGUCGGAGGUGGCGAGCUCCUCUCAAAGGCUUACAUUCCCGCACAAAAGAGCUCAUCGACCUCCACCCCCUCCCGAAUCACUUACUAUGAUCGCCGCUUCUCUGGCCCCGCCGAAAUACACAAAAUGGACAUGGUUCUCACUGCCCUUGACGACGCCAACCGCUCGCGCGAAAUUUGCGAGAUGUGCCGCAAAGCUCGCAUAGCCGUCAAUGCUGCAGAUAUCCCAGACCUUUGCGACUUCUACUUCGGCGCUCAAAUCCGUGACGGCCCUUUGCAAAUUAUGAUUUCGACCAAUGGAAACGGUCCUCGUAUGGCUGCAUUGAUGAAGAAGAAAAUUCAAGCUGCCUUAUCAGGGAGCGAAGGGGAGGCUAUCGAUCGGGUCGGAGUCUUGCGAGCGCAGCUCAAAGAGCGUUCUCCAGGCGUGGGAGGUCCACUGGGUCGUCGUAGAAUGAAGUGGAUGUCGGAAGUUUGCAAUACUUGGGAGAUCGACGACUUGACAAAACUGGACGAUGCUGCCAUAACCAAACUACUCGACGAAGGCUGGGAAAAGAACACAGUACCUUCACCUCAGAACUUCUUUUCGAAUCAUUCUCGAGCCUCCAAAAUUUCCCUGCAGCUUUCUCAUGUUGGCGACCUGAUUCCGUUCAUCGGUACCUUUGCCCUAGGAGGUCUUUGUGCGACGUUGCUCUUUCUCGGUCAUCGACAUGUCUAG